AUGCCGUCCGCCACUUCCACGCAGCUUUCUCAAUAUGUGUUCUCCAACCUUGGGCCUAUGACCACUGUUUGGACGCCGCCAGCAUCAUGUGCCACGCCGUCGCCUCAGCUCUACCUCGCAUUCAACGACUCUGCCACUAUAUAUCCCCAAUGGCUUCAAAAAUGCGAAACCCGCGAUUAUGGAGACUGCUACCCUUCCGGCAAGGCCAUUGACUCCGCAGGGUCUGCGGCCUCCAGCGCCAACGACCUCGCCAACGCAGGGACCAUCUACUACUUUUCACCAGCAAGCGCUUGCCCACAGGGUUACACGACCGUCGGCGUGGCCGCCAAGAACGGUGCUGGAGAUGUCAGCUCGUCUGGUGCGUUCGUGCCUCCGGUCGUCACCGACCCUGCGCUCGCGGCUAGUCUCCUGCCAUGGAACCCGCCAAACAAUGUCUUGAUGGAGGCCCUUGAGGGCGGGGAGACGGCUGUUGUAUGCUGCCCCGAGGGUUACACAGCAGAUGAAGCAGGCGGUGCCACGUGCUACUCGGAAGUGCCUUCGUCACUCUUUGGAGAUCCGAUGACAGGGUGUAAAUACACGCGAACGGUCACCGGAGACCGUUCUUACACAUUUGCGAACGCCACAUUCACUUACAACAACACGCUUGUUACCGCCGAGGUUGCUACUUACACUGGAACCUAUUCGGAGCCUAGCUACUCUACUGUCACAAAGACUAUUGACAGUGACGUUGCGGACUUGUACAUCCCUGUCGCAGCAAGAGACGCUGUUACGUUGGUGUUCAGAGCUGCUGAUGUUACGGGUAGUACGACAGGCAGUGGCGCGGCCGGUCCGACACAGACAGGCUCUAGCAGUGCCGCUGGUUUGAGAGUCAUGACCUCUGGUGGAAGAAUGGGAAUGGUUGCCGCUGCUUGGACAUUCGCUGCCAUUGUGGGCGUGAUGUUAGGCAUGCCACAGUGA